AUGGAAGAGACCAAUGACAGCAAUGACUCUAUCACCACAAAAAUAGAGGUUGCUACGCAUGGUGACGUUAUUCUUGUGGUCGGUCCACACAACAAGAAGAUUCGAGUCUAUUCCUCCGUUCUCAAAAACGCAUCGAAGUAUUUCAGGGUUAUGUUCGGACCACACUUUGCUGAAGGCCAAAAUCUGGAUAGUGAUAACCCUAAGGAAGUUUCCAUGACAGAAGAUAAUGCACACGCCUUAGAGGUUAUCUGUAACGUCAUCCAUCUCCGAAACGAUGCAGUGCCACAUUCUCUCAGCCCUAAGGAGAUCUUCGAAAUCGCUACAGCUGCCGAUAAAUUUGAUUGCGUCGUUGCUCUGAGAUAUGCCAGCGCAAUUUGGCUGAAUCCGAAAGGUGUUGAGGAUAUCUUAGAGUUGGGUUAUCUCAUGGCUGCCGCCUACAUUUUGGACGAUGCGCAGGCCUUCGGUGAUAUUACAAUCUCGAUGAUGCUCCAUCAUCAAGGUUCUUACCUUCCGCUCGCCGAUCAAGUUGUCGGUCUGACUGAUUGGGUUCCAUGGAAGGUUCUUUAUCUCUUAGAAGAGCGAAGAAACAGGAUGCGCACAGAACUGCAGCACAUAUUGUUCAAUGGAUCAACGGAUGCCGGAAUGGACGAGAGCAGUUCGUGCACUUGCGCAUGGGGAGCUGUUCAUAGUCUUGCUCACACAGAACUUCUACAACAUGAAGAUCUUCGGCCGUUGCAGGUACUGGAUGUCACAGUAUCAAAAAUCGUUGAAAAGAUGGAGCAGAUGCGUGAUCCACUCAUGCCCAAGCAAUGGGAACGCUGUGAUUAUCGCUGGCAUGGAGAACCUCGCUAUAGAGCAACGCGCGGUGACAGGCUAAAUGGAUUUCGUGAGAGAAACCGCCUCUGUCUCGAUUGCGUACGAGAUGGAACCACGACUACGAACCAGGUUCACAGGACUAAAGGUUGCAUCACUAAUCAGAGGAAAUUCCCAUGGGAAUCUUGA